UUCCAAAGUCAGGAACAACAAAUCAUAUCAAGGAGAAUACACUUUACACCUUCACCUCGUCUUCAUUGUUUUAUUCAUUAAUUAAGAAAGGAAACUACGAAUUCAUAAAAAAAAGAAAGUCAUGCAAUUCACAGGCAGUCGCUACAUUGUUGCAGGAGUAUCAUUGCUAAUUGCCUACAUUGCCAUCUCGAGUCAAGUGUUUGUCUUCAUUCCAUGGCUUUAUUCUAUAUCGUUACAAAGAGCACUCCAGGUCCUGAUACCGUUUAACCUAGGAGUUUUCUUUAUCGGUUGGAACUAUUACCUUGCCUGUACUACUGAUCCAGGAACAACACCGCCUGGAUGGGGCAUACCAGAAGCUGCGGAAAAGAAAUCAAAAGGACUAAUCAAUGGGGUCAAAUCUGCAGGACCAACUGAGACUUUAUCAGAAUCAAGAGCUGAAGGUCAUUCUACAGCCAUUCAUCAUCAACUCCAACAGAAAGUCAAGGAGAAUGAUGGUAGGAGCCAUGACAAUGACGACGGCAAUGACGACAACGACAACGGCAAUGGCAAUGGCAAUGAUAAUGAUAAUGAUAACGACAAUGAUGAUAGUACAUUGGUUCAGAAAACAAAGUCGAAAAAGAAAAAGAAUCCUUUGCCACGAUACUGUCGAACCUGUGAGGCGUUCAAACCACCACGAUCUCAUCACUGUCGAAUUUGUAAGCGAUGUGUUCUCAAGAUGGAUCAUCACUGUCCCUGGAUCAAUAAUUGUGUGGGCUAUCACAAUUAUGGACAUUUCAUCCGCUUCAUCACUUGGGUCACAUUGACAACGGGCAUGUGUAUGGUCCUAUUGGUCUGGAGGAUAGUAGAUGCUAUCCAGAAUGAAAUAUACUAUCUUUAUACGGGCACAGGACCGACAAAGACGCAGAUUAUUUUCAUGGCAAUUAACAUUGCAGUAGAUGGAGGUGUACUUUUGGCAGUAGGGAUUUUGACCAUCUAUCAUCUCUGGAGUAUGAUCACGAAUACUUCGACAAUUGAGGUCUGGGAACAAGAAAAAGUACAGGCCAUGAUCAAGAAAGGCAAAUUACGCAUGACCAAAUUCCCAUACGAUGUUGGUUGCUAUCGCAACUAUCGUCAGGUGCUAGGUCCUCGUAUGUGGCUCUGGCUUUGGCCUCAAAAGAUGCUUGGAUCUGGAACAGAGUUUGAUGUUAUGGACGAUAAGGAUGCAGCCAUGAUCUGGCCUCCGCGCGAAUACCAAACUUCCAAGAAACAAAAUCAAGCAUUUGUCUCAGAGUACACCACUUCAUCCAUUCGACAACGAAGAAAGAGGAACUUGAGCUCUUUAGGAACACCCCUCAGUCCUUCAGAUGAUAUAAAUAAUGACAAUUUCAUCACCCAGACGACAACAUCUACUGCUAUCAGCACAAUUACUAAGAAGCGUCGAAGCGAAGGAGGAGGAGGAGGACAUAAAAGACGUCCUUCAAAAAGCCUAGCCGCACAUCCUCAAUACCCAACACAUGUUCGUCGUGGGAGUGAGGGUUGGAUCGUUCAGGAUUUGACACUGCAGCAGCGUGCAGAAUUAUUUGAUCGUCAACUGCAGUAUCAGCGCGAACAUGGUGACGAUCUUCAAAAUGGAGGUGAAGAGGAUGAAGGAGAGAACGAAGAAGCAGAGUAUCAGGAAGGUCUAUCCGAUAUCGAAGGUAACACAUAUGGUGGACUGCCUGGUGGAAUGCAGGGCAACCCUGACGAUUACAAUUAUUAUGAAGGUUACGAUGUUGCGGACGAGGAUGAGGCACUACAACAACAUGUUUCAAGCUCUGAAGAAGACGAUGAUUUACCAUACGAUGUGAUCAGUGACGAGUAUGACGAUGAUGGAUAUAAUGAUGAAACAUAUUAUCGUGGUCAUGAUGAUUUGGAUCAUGAUGAUUUAGACGAACAUAAUCCCUAUCUUGCCUAUGCAGAUGAGGAUAAUGAGGAGCAGGAUGAAGGGAUCACAGCAGAUAUUGAGGACGAAGUGACCCUUAACGGUCGAGAUCGACACAAGAUCGGGCGCUUCUUUGAAAAUAUGAACCCUACCUCUAUCCACAACCAAGUCGGGAGCGAGGAUGAGGAAAUUGAUGAGUGGUCAGAAGGAGAAGGGUUGGAUGUAGGUUGUCGUCCUCCUACUACUGGGAUAUCAGGAUUAGGCCGUGUGAAUGGUGAACCCAGUGUACGAUAUGAUCCUACAAAAAAGACAUUUUUUACCAUGCUGGUGGAGCGAGAGGAAGCAUUGAAGCGGCAACAAAAGAUUGCAAAGACUGGCAAGCGUUAAUAGAAAAUAAUAAUGAUAAUAGCAUAAAAGUGGG